CCAGAAAAGAAUGAGGGGCAAAUGACCAUUGCACAAGCGCCCGCUAGAAAAGGAAAAGUAUUACGCCCUCUUCACUUAGCGUACAUACCAAGUUGUGCCGAACUUCGCCGGACCUUGACUCAUAUUCGGUCCAUAUGCACAGCCGCGAAAUGUAAAAACAAACAAGGAAAAAACAAAAACAAAACCAAGUCAUGUCUGGUAACAGUCCAUCCAAUGCCUGCCUGCAACCGUAGAUGUGCAGCCUGAAUCAAGAACAGCUGAAUUUCUUGCUUCACUAUUGUACUGAUCUGCUCAUGCUCGCAUAGCAAUUGCUUGUUUUAUGACUACACGGCCAGAGACACUAAAAAUAGAAUUUACCUGCUGUAAAGAAAACAUGGUGAAUCAAAGCGGAUUUAAAGUAUUACUUUUAAUUCUUAUGAUUUUUGGAAUUGUUAUACCUUUGUUUACUUUAAUUGCACUACAGUUUCAAAACAUCUCAAUCAAAGACGAUGCUCUUUUGGCUUCACAUGAACUAUUAUAUGUGGAUAUUGAAACAAAGAAGUCUCAAGUAGAUGUUUUAAACACACACUUGCAAGAACUUGAGGUAAUUCGAAUUAAAGCUUUGAAUGAUUUAGUUCAAUUAGACCAAAAGAGAGUUGCAUUACAAAGAGAAAUAGAAUCUUCCACUGCAGAAAAAGAAAAAUUAUUAAAGGAGUCCAGAUCAUAUGCAAAACAGAUUCAAAGAAUGAAAAAAGAGGCAGAGUCUAAAAGAGAAUGGAGUAGACAAAAGGUUGUUACAAAUGUUAUUCAUGUUGGAAUUCCCAAAAGUCAUUUAUAUGUGAAUCAGAAAGACGAUUUGCCACAUCAAAUGAGAAAAACUAAAGGCUGUUGUUUUGACUCAUGUUUUGACUAUUCUCAAUGUUCAAUUUUAAAAAAAUUCUCUUUUUAUAUAUAUGAAUCAGAAGCCGAAGAAAUGUUUAAAAUAAUGUCAACAUUUGCAGAAUACUUCUCAAAUGUUAAAGAUGCAUGUGUUACAUUUGUUUCAGUAAAAAUUACAAACAAUAUGAGUAAAAUUAACCAAUAUUUAUAUUCUUUACCAUCAUGGAAAGGCUCAGGAACUAAUCAUGUUUUGUUACUUAACUCCUCAGAAAGUAAUGAUAAAUUUUGCAGUCUGAUAAGCAAACUAAAGAGAGGGAAUUCAAUCCUUGUAACAACUGUACAUUGUGAUGAAUUUCAAGAAAAUUUCGAUAUAUUAGUGCCAGCAAUUUCUUCUUGGACGACUUUACCUCCUUUGUUUCCAACAACAAGAAAGUUCUUUUUAUCUUUUUAUAGUCAAGAGCUCAGCGAAAAAAGUAAAUUUUUACACAAAGAAGAUUUGUCUGAGUUGCAAACAAACAAAGAUAUAUUUAUCAAAACAAAAUGUGAUGAAUACGCUAGAUUAUGUUUACUUGGCUGGUGUGCGUGUGGUUCAAUAAAAAUACGUGGAAUUUUGCUACAAAAUUCAAUGUUCUCUAUUGUUGUUGCUGACAUGAAAAGUAAUUUCUUGUCUGAAAUAAUAGAUUGUUUUAAAAAUGGUGCAGUUCCUGUUAUAAUAGGCUCAAUUGACAAUGUAUUGUUUUCCAGUGUUAUUGAUUGGAAACUAGCCACCAUUAUUAUUCCGUACCAAAGACUUCCAGAGUUAUUAUAUAUACUACAAACUAUGACUAUAAGUGAUAUCAUAGAUCUAAAAUGGCAGGGGAGAUUUUUGUACCAGACUUAUUUUUCCACACAAACCAUGCUUCUUAGAAGUGUGAUAUCUUUAAUUAAAAACAGAAUAUUUUUGCCACCGACUCCUAUAAAAGACUACACAGCUAUUAACAUAAACAACAUCACUCGUGUACCACAAGGGCAAGAGAUUUUAGAAGUUGCAUUUUCUUCACGUAAGUUUAGUCAUAAUUUCACAUAUUCUGGAAAGAAUCAACACAGAGUAUGGAACACCUACCCAGGUGCAGUGGAUAUGUACCCAGUCGUACCAUGGGUUGAAGCAGUACCUUCUCAAGUGCAAUUCCUUGAGGAAGGGAAGGACGCUUACAUGCCUAUAGGGGAUGGCAAAGGUGGGGAUGGAGUUGCAUUUUCUCGCUCCUUAGGUGGUGAUUAUCCUAUUGAGCAGUUCACAGUGCUUAUGCUGACUUAUGAUCGUGAAGUCAUUCUUAUGGAAGCAUUACAAAGAUUAUCAGGAAUGAAAUAUUUAAACAAAGUUAUUGUGGUGUGGAAUCACCCAGAUAAUCCAGGUGAAGACCUCUCAUGGCCAGAAAUAGGUGUUAAGAUUGAGGUGAUUCGAACUGGUAGGAACAGUUUAAAUAACCGAUUCAUUCCAUAUGCUGCCAUAGAAACGGAAGCCGUUCUAUCCAUGGAUGACGAUAUAUAUCUUCGACAUGACGAAAUUGAGCUUGCUUUUCGUGUGUGGCGGGAAAACAGAGAUAGAUUGGUCGGUUUUCCAGGUCGACACCAUGCUUACAACGAAUCUUCCAAAUCUUUCUACUACAAUUCAGAACAUUCAUGUGAACUGUCUUUAGUGCUUACUGGUGGCGCUUUCUUCCACAAGUAUUAUUCUUACAUUUACACAUUAAACAUGGAUGCUUCAAUCCGUCAGAUGGUUGACGACUACAUGAAUUGCGAAGAUAUCGCCAUGAAUUUUCUCGUGGCUCACAUAACUAAGAAACCACCAAUCAAAGUGACGUCACGAUGGACUUUUCGCUGUCCAGGAUGCCCCGUGGCUUUAUCAGCAGACGCAAAUCACUACAAAGAACGAAACAAUUGCAUGGCUUUUUUCGAAAAAGUUUAUGGUUACAAUCCAUUAAAACGAACUCAAUUUCGCGCUGAUUCGAUUUUGUUUAAAACUAGACUACCGUCCACAAUGACAAAAUGUUUUCAGUUCGUUUAAUUCACUCAUCUUUUUUGUAUGUUUAUAUUUAUAUCACUCUUUUUACAUCACUUUUUUUUUGUAAAUGGACUUUUUAUGUUAGUGGAGGGAAAUUUUUAGUAAUUGUUUUAAAAAAAUUUAAUUGUCUGGCGUAGUCGUGGUCAGAUUUACUUUGUUAUAUAGGUGUAUAUUUUUUUUAUUUGAGCAACGAGUGUGUAAAUUACUUUCAUAAAUUUAAUUUUUAUAAAAAAUGUUGGUUUGUAUUAUAGUUAACAUUCGUUUUCACCCUUAUCUUCUCCACUGAAUUAUUCUAAUGCAACCUUGCUCCCAACGCCUGUUGUCUUGCUUUAUUAUCGCCGUGUCCCGGAGUCAGAAAAGAUGCCCUCUGGGGACGAGUUUGAUUCUAAUGCGUUUUUGUAUAGAAACGUAUAGUCUUUUAUAAGAACCGCUACGUUUUGAUUGAGGCUGCAUGUGCAUAUAUCUUUAUGGAAUUGAGGUUAAAAUCUUCCCACACUGAAUUUCUGCCAAAAGCAAAAUGUACUGUUUUACCUGACCUGUUCUGAAACAUGCCAAGUCUCUUGUGCGCCUGGAGGAUGUUAACGCUGGGAACGAGAUUGCAAUGUCAUGAGGAAAAUUUCGGACCCGUUAAAAGUAUUAUCCAUGAUGGCGGCAUAAUUUGAUGUUGAUUGUAGUCACGGAUUCAAAACAAAAGCGACACAAUCGGGUUGAUUGUAUGUGAAAAAGGCACAACAUGCUUUUACUCUGAGAAACAGUACAUAUUCUAUUUUUUAAUGCUCUUACUCAUAUUUAAAUAAUCUCUUAUUUACUCUUGGUGACCUGUUAGUUACAGCUUUAGGUGGCUGCACGCACACACACAAGCACCCCCAAGAUUCGGGGGCUGUAGUGCAGAAAUAUUUACCAUCUCCCAACAUAUUAAAAAAAAGCCAGAAAAUACACCCAAUCCCUUUUUUAUCAACCCGAGGACGAGGAUAUUUUGUCCAUGGAUCCUAAAUAUACCUAGCUAGCUAGCUAUAGAUAAAUUCCCAUACUACGUGGCCAGUCAAAAGGAGAACUUUAACUGAUAAAUUAGCCUGUAACAGGAUAGAGUUAGCUAGCCAAUGCAGGAUAAGCAAUAAAAGGUCUCUACAGUUAUACAAUUAUACUGCACAUAUUGUAUAAUUUCCUGUGUUAACUAAUUACAAGCUCGUGAGCUUGUAUUAAAACGCAAAUGUGUCCUACAAGAAUGGAAAUUUUUGCCUCUCUGAGCACCGACACGGGAGUAGUCGUGUGUUCGAAUCUCAUCUUGGUAACUAUUUUUACUUUUUUUUUCUUUUUACUAUCUCGCCCGCGAGGACGUGUUUACAGACUGACCUAACGAAAAUUGAAAUUUCGAGAAAUUUUCUAUCAAUAUUAUUGCCUAUCCGAAUAGCAAAAUAUGUCGUGUCUAACUUCAGCUUUUUAUACACUUUUUUGGCGAGGUUGUUUGCGUAUAUCAUACGUCUUGUUAUUCUCUUGUUCAGCAAAUGUCCAUAUUUUCCAGAGUUUCAGGAUAGCCAUUAUGAUUUGAAAAACAUGCCAGUCACACAGUCACCUUUAAAUAAGUAGCGGCUAAAUUUUUCCCUUAAUCUGGUAUUCUAACUUUAAACAUGUGCCAUAUUGUGUAGUUUUGGGUGAUAUUCAGAUAUAGUAUAAUUCGUGUUUAAAGCUUAGAUGGAGAUAGAUGUAUAUACAUAUUUUAUGUGGCUAGCCUUACAAAUAUCAAGGGAUAUACCCUGUCUAUUAUUUCCAGGAGGGCCAUGGCUUAGAUGGAGAGUCCUAGAUUAUUUAAUGCUCAUUUUGAGCUACGUAGACACAAUUAGUAGGGCCCAUGCUCUACUAGACAACUCCCCGGCAGCAUCCAACGGCCCACACAGUGUGACAUCUCCCCAACUUCUUGCACAUGGCUUUGGUUAACCUGGGGCUAUGGUAACAUUCACUUGCACACGUUGAAUUGCUGUCAAGAGGAAUCGGACCACAGUCUCCCGCACAGAGUACGAGAGCUAUAACCACUAAUCUACAGCACUGUGAGAGUGUUAAGUGUUUAUCUUUUCCUUCAACUAAAAGUUGUACCUGGUGGCAUUCUGACCAGUUCUUCCCGACUGUUAGGCCAUCCUAAAAAAUAUGAUUGGUUAGCAUCAUCCGACCAACUCACUUUAAAAGGCAGAAUUGGAGUCCAGGAGUCAAUUUAUUUGUGAAAACAAACCAAGCAGUGGUAAAACUUGUGCCUUUUGCUUCUUUUGUGCAAGAACCAACAAAAUAUAUUCACCCUGUGUUUCAACAUCUUUACACGUUGCAGACAAAAGUCGAUUGAUUGCUUCAUGCAUUUCCCACUCGGGAUAAAAGUCUAAUACGAAAUACUGUUGCAACUUAUUUGAAAUUAGAAAUGACAAUCUGAUUUUUCAGCCUUAACUAAUGAAGAUUCACACCUUCUCAAUAGCUUUACAGUUGUGUUUGACUGUCAACAAGUAAAUACAUUCUUUUAGCGUCAAAAUAUAUAUAGGCCGUAACCAAGUCUUAUAGGUGAAUUUUAUUAUUUUUCAGUUUUUCUGUAAAAAAGGUGAAACAAUGUGUCAAUAUUGAUCUCUAAAGACUUUUUAGGCAGUUAUGCUCAAAUAAAAUAUCCUUAAAAGUUUCAAAAACUGGUGUUAUCUUUUUUGUUGAAAAAAUAGUCUAAAUGUUGGUCUAAAAUUUAAUGGAAAGUAUAUAAUUUAUAUGAUAAAACUUUACAUAUUCAUACAAUCUUUUCCUCAAACUAACUUAUGAUUCUAUAUAGAUAACUUGUGAGGUGCUGGGAAGAAAAUUAAGUGUCACUAGACACUAGCAGCUAACAUUAAAUAUUGUUUUUCAUAAAAAACUUUGAUUUAAACAAAGUAUCAAACAGUGUUCCUAAUCUUAUCAUAAAACAAGCCAACAUGGCAAUUUUUC